UGAACCGAUUCGUUAGUCCGUAUUUAUCAUCGUUCGAAUGCGCUUGUAAUUUAUUAUUGUGCACUGAUAAAGUUUGUUGUGACAAAGCAUAGAAUGAACGUUGUUUUUCCCAAUCUGAAAAUAAUGCCGAUUUCCUCUUGAGAACUGAAAGUAAACUCAUCAAAUAGUAGCUAUUUCAAACUAUUUGCAACAAUAGCAUCAACCUUCUACGAUGGCGUCAACUUCGACAAAGUGCUGCAAGUCCAUAGAAGAUCCGAUACCAUCGAAAAGGUUUAGAUCAUCUUUGGAUGCCGUUGCUAACAUAACUUCUGAAGCAUCGCCAGGAUCAGCUCGUGAAAAAUACGAAUGCUGUUUGAAUAACUCUGCGCACGGUUAUCAAUAUGAAAGCGACCUCUUCUCGGUUUUGUUCGCAAGAGCAUCGAUGCAAUCCAUCAACUUUAAAAUGGGCAUUGAAGUAUCCGCCGGUGAAAAGUUCGACGAUAUUGUAUUCGUGAAGGAAGACAACAAUGAAACGUUGUUGAUUCAAAUCAAGCAUUUUGAAAACAUGCAACGCAUUUCGUCCAUAGAUCUUUUCAAGUCCGAGGAAAAAAAUCAUUUCAAUAUGGGCAUAUAUUUGAAAUCUUUCAUGCAUAUAGAAAAAAACAUAAAUGGACAGAAACGGUACUUCAUUUUCACCAACAAGGAUCUAGACAGAGAAGACGUGUUGUACUGGGGAACAUUCAAAACUGGUCAAGUCGACAGCUUGAUUGAUUUUACUGGCCAAGGAGGAAUUUACGAAGAAUUUGUGCCGAAAGAGACGGCAAUACAGGAAAUGGUUUGUAAAUUGAAUGCUGAAAUCGAUGACUUAAAAAAUGGUCUCGUCGAACUUUUUGAUCCAAGGUGCAUAUUUAUUCCUGACAAACUACAAAAGCACAAAGCACCUUUGAAUGAAAUUAUUGAGAUAACCGGCAAUUAUGUUAAAUACCGCGAUAACGACGAAAAGCUGUACGAGGUAUUAGAUUCUUACUAUAAGUCCAAGAAUCAAGAUAUCAGAUGCAUUGAGAAACAUGUGAACAAAAUCAGAAAAAGCGAUGCAAAAGGAUCAAGAGAUAUCAAGACUCUCAUAAUGGGUGAUCGUAAAGCAUUGAAGCCUGUCUUUGUUACAGAAGAUGACGUAAAGAACUUUUUUAAACAGCUAACGUUUUGUACUAAGCAACCGGAAAAUUUUAAAAAUAUUUUAAGAGAAGAAAUCCGCAUAAAGAUGCGAUCGUGGAUUAUGCCAGACGAAAUCAGUAAACAGUUAAAAGACGGGACAUAUACUGCUAUGGGUAAACUUGAAGCAAAGCUUGACGAGUGGCGAAAGCCAAUCGAAGUAUUGGUGAGAGAACGAAAGACAGUGCCCUGGCUAACAUGGCAGGGUGGCAGAGAGGUUUUUGGAAUGCUGGAGAAACAUUUUUCACCCGUUAGAAACGAUUUCUAUAGGUCUUACGUUAACCGUUCUUUGGAAUUCGCCUACAUGAGUUUCGAAUGUUUGGAUCCCGAAAAUGUUGGAGAUGGUGAAUUAGUGCUCAAAAUGAAUAGAAUUUUCAAUGAACUAAAAUGUUUACUGAUACUUGGCAAGCCAGGAAUGGGAAAAACAGUUUUCUUGAAGCAUAUUGCUUAUCAACUGCAAAUUAAGUACAACACUUGGAAUGUUUUCAUGAUCAGUUUAAAACAACUGCAGAAAAAUUUCCAAAAUACGACAAAAUGUCACACAGAAGAUUUUAUAAAUACAUUGUUUGAUUCUAUUCUGUCGGAAUACAAUAUACAGAUUUUGACGACGAGCUCAAAUGAUAAUGUUAGUAGAAACAUACUUUUGUUUGACGGGUUUGAUGAAAUUACUUCGACGCAAUCCAAGGCAGCCAUUGCAGUUUUAAAGAGACUGCUUGAUUUUAACAAUAUUCGAUUGAUUAUUAGUGGUAGACUUAACGUAAAACAGAUACUAGAAAACUCAUUCGAAUCAAAGGCAAUGGAGUUGGCACCAUUAGCAUACGAAAAACAAGUUGCAGUUUUGAAGCUGAACUGGAAUGUUUCCAAUGACGAAGCUAAAAUGCAAAAAUUCGAGAUUUUCUCAAACAAACUGCUUGAAAUGUUCCACGUAAAAAUACCACUAGCCUCUUGCAUUAUCCAUUGGCCAUCUUACUUCACUGGAAUUCCUCUUAUGGCUCACAUGUUGGCUAGAGCGUAUUCGACACGCUUCGAAAAAUUCCAGAAGUCCGAUAAAUCAGAGAUUAUCCACGAUCUACUCGCAGCAAAGAAUUGUAGCAUGGUCAGUUUGUAUGACCAGUUCUUGCGAUCAACGUUUAUGAUUAAAAUGGGCAAGAAAAACGAAUGCAAUGCAUAUUCCGAGAUCAAGCCUUUCGAUGAGGAAUGGCAAACACUGUAUGAAGAAUUCAUCCACGUUCAUCAAAUUCUGGCAAUCCAACAAUGCAACAUUGACGGGAUAAAUGCAUCCAUCGAUGAUACGCGCUACUUGCAGUUUAUGGAACGCAUCAACACUGGGAAAGAAACUUCCGUUAUAAUAAAUAAAUCUGACGAUAAGACGGAAUUGAUUCAUUUGACGUACGCCGAAUACCUGGUUGCACUACAUUUGUAUGAAAAUCUACAUAGCUAUAGGGACAACCUUCAUAACAUCCUAGAGUGGAAUGAAACCGUUCGAAGAUUCGUUCUGACGAUUAUUGAGGAGAACUUACCUCGAAGCAACGCACAAUUGAAGAAAUUGAUCGAAAUUAACAGCGAGAAAAGUGUGAUGACAUUCUGGGCAUGCGAAGCGGCUUGUAUCGAAAUCGUCAAAGCGUUACUUAAAACACGUGAUAUUACGAAGUUCUGCUUCAAAGGCUAUGGCUCUUUGCUCCACGAAGCGUCACGUGUUGGAUGCUACGAAUUGGUAAUUUAUCUGAUCGACGAGUACAAGAUGAAUGUGAAUUAUAGUUACAACAUCAGCCAAACAGCGCUUGAGUGUGCCGUCAUAUUCGGUCAUCUAGAGGUAGUGAAACUUCUUGCUUCGCGAAGCGAUUCCAGCAGCCAUGAACUGUUAUUCUUUGACCCUUCUCUGUUAGUUAAAGAAAGUCGUACAGAAAUUGCCAAAUAUCUUGUAGAGCAAAAUAUUCUGCCUGAGUACAGUUGCAAAAACCUACUUCUCGCUACUAUUUCCAAACACAGAGACCUGAGUUUAAUACGACUGCUAGUGGAUCGGGAAGCAGACAUCGAGUGUACUGAUGGUGAAGGCCAGGGACCACUUCACGUUGCGGCCAAGGUAGGCUAUAUUGAAUGCGUACAGCUACUCAUUGACCGAGGAGCCGACAUUAAUUCGGAAACAAAAAGCGGUAUGACUCCACUUUUAUUUGCGUUCAAAAUUAAAAAUCAUAAUUCCCGUAAAGCAUGUGUGCAGAAACUUCUGUCAUGCUCUACGAUUAAAGUCAACGUGAGAGGUAAAAACGGUUUCACCACUUUCCAUUAUGCAGCUCAGGUAGGUCUGACAGAGCUCAUAGAAACACUGCUCAAAUUUAACGUUGAUAUCAAUGGACAGUCGACAUUUGGGGAAUCGCCACUCCACAUUGCAGCGAAAAACAAUCAGGUUGAUUUUUUGAGAAAACUGUUGGAAAAGACCGAAACGAAAAAUGGUUUAAAGGAUAAUGACGGUUUAACAGCUCUGCAUUAUGCUGCCAAACAUGGAAAUCCAAAAUGUGUGAAUUUGUUAAUCGACUUUGGAGCUAACGUAAAUGCCUUGACAUAUGAAACUCGUAAAAUGCCAUUACACUCCGCAGUUGAUCUUACGUAUUCAUCGCGUACUUCCCAAGUCGAACACGUAUCACGACUGGAAAUUGUGGAGCGUUUGCUCUUAUCCGGCUCGAGUAUCGUGGUGGAUAAGUAUGGUUGCACAGCCCUGCACUAUGCUGCACAAAACGGAUUAGUUGAUUGCCUAGAACCGCUACUCAAAAAGAGUGAAGUUGCCAAUGCUCGAUCGGAUUCAGGACAAACACCGUUGCACUUGGCAGCCCAAAGAAACCACAUCUCAUGCGUAAAAAAGCUGUUGAGCGUUGGUCAACCGGUUGAUGAGGAAGAUAAAAAAGGAUUUACAGCACUGCUUUCCGCAGCUCUUGCUGGAUCCGAGUGUUGUAUGAAAUUGUUAAUGAAUGCUGGUGCUGAUGUAAAUGCCCAAACAAUUGAGGCGGAAACAGUUCUCCACUUGGCAUCGAGAAUGGUCGAUUUCAACAAACCUUACCUUGAAUGUAUGAGAGAAUUGCUCAACAACGAUUUGUUUGAUGUAAGAGUUGUGGAUAGUUCGGGAUAUACAGCACUUCACUGUAUCGCUCGAUGUGGCCUGGAAGGGUUUGUUAGCCGCAUAGUUAAACAAGGAAUUGAUGUCAACGCUAUUGAUGCUAUUGAUGGAAAGACAGCCCUACACUUUGCUGCCAGCCAAAGCUGCUACCUUGAGAUUGUAGAGGAGCUACUUUCCAUCGACGGAAUUCAGGUGAAUGUGGAGGAUAAGAGAAGGUAUACUCCUAUGCAGUAUGCUGCUCAAAGUGGACAUAAAAAUUACCUUAAACUACUUCAAGAUCAAGGAGCAGAUAUAAAUGUACAAACUUUAUAUGGCGAAACAUUGUUGCACUUGUCUGUGAGAUGUAACAAUUUCGCGGUUGCCGAAGAGUUACUUAUUAUGGGAUGUAUCAACGUUAACGACAAGGACAACGCCGGAUUAUCAGCUCUUCAUUACGCAGCUGAAGAAAGACGAUUCGAGUUUUUACAAUUGCUGAUGAAACAUGGUGCUGACGUUAAUUCUAGAAAAAACGCUGGUCCCACUCCAGUGGAAAUGAUGCUUUUAGAUAGAAGGCUUUACGUAAAUCAAGAUGAUUGUUUAAAAGAACUACUGCUAUGUAGCACAAUGGAUGUGACGUUACAAGAUAAAAAUGGUUUCACAGCGCUCCAUCAUGCAUCAAUGUUUGGAUUUGAAGAUUGCGUGAAGCAUUUGUUGGUGCGAGGUGCUUGCAUUAAUGCUCAAGCAAAUAACGGACAAACAGCGUUUCACAUUGCAGCACAAGACAAUUAUCCAGAUUGUAUGGAACAAUUGCUGCGCAACCAAUCGCUUGACGUAACGAUCAAAGAUAAGAAAGGAUUCACUGCGCUACAUUACGCAGCAACAUGGGGAAUCGUCGAACACUUGAAACAGAUUGUUGAGCGGGGAGCAUCUGACGAUAUCCUAAAUGCCCAAACGAAUGAAGGAAAAAGUGCGUUGCACAUCGCAACACGAUAUUCGCAACUGAUAUUUUUUGCCGAGUUGUUGAACUACUCAGCACUAAAUGUCAACUCAACGGACACAUGUGGAUACACAGCCCUCCAUUAUGCUACAAGUAAUGAUUUAGAAGAUUACACAGUGCUACUAAUAGAGCGCGGAGCUAACCUCAACGUUCAAGCAUUGAACGGAAAGACGCCCUUGCAUGUUGCUAUUGAACACCGCAAUAUGAAUGCCAUUCAGAAACUGUGUGACAGAGAGACAAUCAAUUUUAACUUACGAGAUGACUCCGGAUGCACAGCACUACAAUUUGCGAUUAAACAUGGAGUAGAAGAAUGCAUUGAAUUGUUGCAAACUCCAGGAUUCGCAUGACAAUUAACAUCGGUGUAACUAAAGAGUCUAAAUUAUAAAGAGACGAAAUCUGAUCAUAUUCAAAAUAAAUCAGCUAGCAACUAUGCCAAAUCUAUUACGCAGCACUGCCAAUGUUGAAUCCCACGCUAAAAUUGAGUCACAAGUUUUAUGUGUUGAGUUUUCACAGGUUUGGGUAACGAAUGAAAAAUUGACUGAAUGUGUAGAAAACCAAUGUAAUGAGUAGAGCAUGCAAAGCAUGAAAAUUGCAACCGACACUCAAGUAUUCAGAAGAUAUGUUACUUCAGAAGAAGCAAAAUUUUCGUUGGCGGUAACAUUUUUGUGUGAGCCGUUUUCAGCUUGUGUGAAAAAGUGUUUGACAAGUCUCCUGCUCGAUUGGAAUGACAUUGACAGUAAACUUGGAAUUCCAAUUGGAACAUUUCGCUUCUUUGCUUAUAGUUUCUUUAGGUGUAACCAUCGCAUAGAUAGAAGAACUAACAAGCGAAGCGUGCGGAAAUAUAACUCCAUCAUCUAGGGGGACCUGGGGUAAAAUGCACCACUGAAGGAAGAUGUGACAAAAUGAAGACCAAACAACAUGUAUGCAAUGUUUUAAUACACACGUUUACUUAUAGCUACCUAAAAA